UGCUGGGGCCAUUAAAUAGAAGCAGCUCGCUAGAUAUAUAUGCAACUGCCGCCAGCAGCCUUUUCUCCGUAUCUGUUGAUCUUCUUUCCCUUGGAAACCACCAUGUCUGCCACUCUUCAAUCUCCACCGUCGAUCGAGCUCAGUUGAUGAUUUGGAAGAUCCUCAUGAAGAAAGAAGAUACGGUAGAGCAGACCAUGAAUCACAAACAUGCCGUUCCAGAUGAUGGGCACGCAUGGAAAAAGUAUGGGCAGAAAUUCAUAAAAGCAGUAGCCAUGAACAGGAGCUACUUCAGGUGCCAGAAGGCCAACUGUAAGGCCAAGAAGAGAGCAGACUGGAGUACUUCUCAAUCAUCUGUCGAAGUUCUUUAUGAUGGAGAACACAACCAUCCACCUCCAAAUUCUUCAGCUGCCGCUGAUGAUUCUAUCUCUGGCAAUCCAUCAGCUAGUAGAGUGAACCAGUACAACUUGCUAAACCAAGUCUUUGGAAACGGUUCUCCCUCUGAUCCCCAGGCUUAGGUUCAUCAGCAAGAUGCGCAUAUGGUUAUCCUUCUGAUAUUUUUUGCCAUAUAAACAUGUAGCUGUUAGUAGUACUUCAUAAGAAGACUCCAGAAGGAGAGAUAUAUUACCAGAUGUUAGGUUCAUAAAGUUAACAACUGGUCUUUCUUUAUUUUCGUGAAAAAAUUCAAAAUUCCUUUCUCCUCUGUAGCGAAGACACUACGUCCAUGUUGUAAUUCUAUUCUAUUGUUCGCAAAUAAUAGACCAUA